UCCUCCCCUUCCUCCUUCUCACUGGGACCAGCUCGUCACAGCUGAGGCAGCAGAGACAUCCGGACCAGACCAGGACAAGGACCAGACCAGAACCAGACCAGAACCAGCAGAACCAUGGCACUAACCAGCGACCCCAACUACCAGAAGCUGCAGCAGUGGUACCAGGAUCAUGGAGCAGGUCUGAAGAUGAGGGACAUGUUCGAUGAAGACAAGGACAGAUUCUCCCGCUUCAGCACCACUCUGCAGACAGAUGAUGGAGACAUCCUGCUGGACUACUCCAAGAACCUCAUCAACCAGGAUGUCAUGGCUAUGCUGCUCGCCAUGGCCAGGUCCAGGAAGGUGGAGGAGGCCAGAGAGAAGAUGUUCUCUGGAGAGAAGAUCAAUUUCACCGAGGGUCGGGCCGUGCUCCACGUCGCGUUGCGUAAUCGCUCCAACACACCGAUCAAUGUCGAUGGUAAAGACGUGAUGCCGGAGGUGAACAGGGUGCUGGACACGAUGAAGGCCUUCUGUCACAAAGUUCGCAGUGGCGAGUGGAGAGGCUUCAGUGGGAAAAGCAUCACUGACGUCGUGAACAUCGGCAUCGGAGGCUCUGACCUGGGACCUCUGAUGGUGACGGAGGCUCUGAAGCCGUACUCCAGCGGUGGACCCAACGUCUGGUUCGUCUCCAACAUUGACGGGACUCACUUGGCCAAGACCAUCGCUCAGCUCAACGCAGAGACCACGCUGUUCAUCAUCGCCUCCAAGACGUUCACGACUCAGGAGACCAUCACCAACGCAGAGUCAGCCAGAGACUGGCUGCUGCAGGCGGCCAAUGACAAAUCUGCUGUUGCCAAACACUUUGUGGCUCUUUCCACCAAUGCAGUCAAAGUCAGGGAGUUCGGCAUCGACACGGCGAACAUGUUUGAGUUCUGGGACUGGGUCGGAGGUCGUUACUCGCUGUGGUCGGCCAUCGGUCUGUCCAUCGCUCUGCACAUAGGAUUUGAAAACUUCGAGCAGCUUCUGGCAGGAGCUCACUGGAUGGACAACCACUUCCGCCGCACCCCCCUGGAGGACAACGUGCCCGUCCUGCUCGCUGUGCUCGGAGUCUGGUACAUCAACUUCUUCCAGGCUGAGACACACGUCAUGCUGCCCUACGACCAGUACAUGCACCGCUUCGCUGCCUACUUCCAGCAGGGCGACAUGGAGUCCAACGGGAAGUACAUCACCAGCGACGGAAGUCGUGUCAACUACAACACGGGCCCCAUCGUGUGGGGGGAGCCGGGGACCAAUGGACAGCACGCCUUCUACCAGCUCAUCCACCAAGGUACUCGUAUGAUUCCUGCCGACUUCCUCAUUCCUGCUCAGUCUCAGCAUCCAAUCAGAGACAACCUCCACCACAAGAUCCUCGCGGCGAACUUCUUGGCUCAGACCGAAGCUCUGAUGAAAGGAAAAACCACGGACGAGGCUCGUAAAGAGCUAGAGGCCAGCGGCCUGAAGGGCGGCGCUCUGGAGCAACUGCUGCCUCACAAAGUUUUUCAAGGAAACAAACCGAGUAACUCCAUCGUCUUCAAGAAGCUGACGCCGUUCAUUCUGGGAGCUCUGGUCGCCAUGUAUGAACAUAAGAUCUUCGUUCAGGGCGUCAUGUGGGACAUCAACAGUUACGACCAGUGGGGGGUGGAGCUGGGGAAACAGCUCGCCAAGAAGAUCGAACCGGAGUUGAAGGACGACUCCGAGGUCUCGUCCCACGACUCGUCCACCAACGGCCUCAUCAGCUUCCUGAAGAAGAACUUCGACUGAGUCCUGACCCGCCCCCCUCCCCCUUUAGUCCACUGUGAUUGGUUGGAUUUCCCCCCGAGCUGUGGAGCGAGCACUUUGUCUGUUCAUGUGUUUUCACUGGAAUAGAAUUUAUCUGAUUAACAAGAUAAAAGUAACUGUUACUGUAGGUGACCCCCCCCCCUUACUCUCUCACUCACACACACACACACACACACACACACACACACACACA